CCCGCCUACCGACCGACCGACCGACCGACCGACCGACCAUGGGGCAGGCAAAUCGAGCAAGCAGUGUCACAACUGAGAGCAAGCGGUGUCACAACAACCCAAAACCAACAGCACGUGCGGUUUAGCUCCCACCUGCCCUCGGUGGUUCUGUCAUAACAUAAUAGGGAAGUCGAGGGGCACACUGGCAGUUUCUGGGGCGAUUUGUUAUAGGGAUGUGAGGAGGCGCCUUGUUGGUUGAAUUUCCUGUUCGGGUAACUAUGCGCAGCAGCGUGGACCGUACGCGGUACGCCUCUCUGUCUUCUGGGGUCUCACGGAGGAGGUUUCGUUCUUGAUUGUAUAUCGCUGAAUCCUUCAUCAGACAUUCGUCAGCAAUUGGUUCCUCCUGCCACCGAUUUGGCCCCGAGGAGAAAGCAGCGGAGUCUUCAAGUCCAAGUCGCUUCAGUCGCCCACCCCACUACGAGCACUUCCCAGGAAAACAGGACAAACAGAACGGCCGAAGCGAUCGGCCAAAUCGACCAUUUUUGCUUGCUUGCUUGGCUGUAUGUCUGUCUGUAUGUCUGUCUGUCUGUUCUAUCUGCCUGCCUGAUUGCCUGCCUGGCUUCCUGCCUGGCUGCCUGCCUGGCAUCCUGCCUGGCUGCCUGCCUGUCUCUGUCUAUCUGUUUGCCUGUAUAUCUGUCUGUCUGUGUCUGCGCGCUCCUCAAUCUGUCCCUCUCCGACUCACACUGCUGAUUGAUCACCGCUAUCAGUGGCCCGGAAGCCGGGAUAUACUUUGCAUUCGUCGAUUGGCCUCCUCCUCCUCCUCCUCCUCCUCCUCCUCCUCCUGCUGCUCCUCCUCCUCCUUGACGUUUUUUGUCUUCCUCCUCCGUUGUUCCCCUCUUGAUGUACAUUGUGCACUGAUCAAUCAUCCUUGCCUUCCAUCUUUAUCGUCGACAUUGUCAUCGCGAUCAUCGGGAUCUUCGAUGGCCGGGAUCUGUACUCCUCCUUUGAAGGCGAGCGUGCACCUGCGGUGCUGCCGAGCAAGACUAGUAUCUGCGAAUCGGUGCUUACUUUGAGAGAGAGAGAGAGAGAGAGAGAGAGAGAGAGAGAGAGAGAGAGAGAGAGAGAGAGAGAGAGAGAGAGAGAGAGAGAGAGAGAGAGAGAGAGAGAGAGAAGGGGUGGUGGUGGUGGUGAAGGAAGAGGUGUUUCCUCCCUUUUCUCUCUUUUUCUCGGUCCUGCGGUUCUUGGGAGUGCAACUCUUUUCCCCCGACAUUCGCCGCUAUCACAAGGCAGGGAGAGUUCCAUCCACGACCUGCAGCCGACCAAAUUUUCAGUCAUUUUCAGAAGCGAUCGAUCGACAACGGUGCCCGUGGCGCGGGUUACUAAUUAGCUAUUAAGGUCUUUUGGCAUCGCCUGUUUCCGUCAUCAUUGACAUCGUCUAGACUGAGACAACGGGAACGCGAAAAUGAACCAGUAUGAAAAGGUUGAGAAGAUCGGGGAAGGGACGUAUGGGAUUGUGUACAAGGCUCGCGAUAAGAUCACAAAUGAGACGAUAGCCUUGAAGAAAAUUAGGCUGGAGCAAGAAGAUGAAGGUGUUCCCAGCACAGCUAUCAGAGAAAUCUCUCUCCUCAAGGAGAUGCAUCAUGGCAAUAUUGUCCGUUUGCAGGAUGUGGUGCACAGUGACAAACGUCUGUAUCUGGUCUUCGAGUAUUUGGACUUGGAUUUGAAGAAACACAUGGAUAGUUGUCCCAGCCUUGCGAAAGAUACGCGAUUGAUCAAGCGGUAUUUGUAUCAGAUUCUGAAGGGUAUUGCAUACUGCCACUCACUUCGAGUUCUGCACAGGGACCUGAAGCCACAGAAUCUUUUGAUCGAUCGACGAACAAAUUCCCUGAAGCUUGCGGAUUUUGGCCUUGCACGAGCAUUUGGAAUCCCUGUGAGAACGUUUACACAUGAGGUUGUGACCCUCUGGUACCGAGCACCGGAGAUUCUCUUGGGGUCGAGGCAUUACUCUACACCGGUGGAUGUGUGGUCUGUUGGAUGCAUCUUUGCGGAGAUGGUGAAUCAGCGGCCUCUUUUCCCCGGUGACUCAGAAAUUGACGAGUUGUUCAAGAUAUUUCGAACUCUUGGAACGCCGAACGAGGAGACAUGGCCGGGUGUGACAUCACUGCCAGAUUUUAAGACAGCAUUCCCGAAAUGGCCAAAGAAGAAAAUGCUGUGUUUAGAGCCCAGCAAGAGAGUCACUGCUCGUGCAGCUUUGGAGCAUGAGUACUUCAAGGACCUCGACCCAUUGCCAUGAAUAUGACGGAGGGGUGGGGUGAAUCCUUCUGGGUUACAAGGGUGAGAAAUUUGAAUGAGGUGGGUGGUGUCCUCUCGCAGCGAGAUCCAGCUAUAACGAUC